AUGAUAUCAGAAUUAGUGCCCUUGCCCAAGGAAUUAAUAGGAGUAUACUUCAAUGCUCCAUACGAAGAACCACCACCUCCGCCUCCUGGAGAGGUGAGAUCUCCAGAACAAAUCGAAUUAGCUAUCAAAAUAAUGGAGAAAAAACUAGAAGCAUUACCUCUUGUAACAAUCACUCUUCCGCCUGGUGUAUUGUGGUUUGAGCCGCCUUUGGCCUGUCUAUGGGAAGACCCUAUGAAGUAUGCGACCAAAAGGGGAGCACGAUUCGAUGAGAAGCAUAAAACUCGUAGAAGUAGUGUAAUGCCUGCGGGUCGUCAGUCACUUUUAGCCGACUGGGUCCCAUCAGAUAGGGGUCAAAAAAGACGUCCCAGUACUGGAACGCCAGGUGAUUUGGGCGACAGGGAAGCUCAAAGCAGUGCUGCAGCUAGAGCUUCAGUGUUACUUGCACAAACUCCCACAAAAGCUCCACCUCGAAUGAGUUUGCAACAACGUCUAUCGAUAGCAACUGGAGAAGCUCAAGCUCCUCAAGAUCAGACUAGAAAUCUAUUGGAAGAGCUUCUGGAAGAGCCACAAUCUGAGACUGAAUCUGAGGAGUCAGUAUUUGGAGACUUGAUUCCUCGUGAGAUAGUUGUCAAUAGUGAGCCUCGAGAAAAAUUUACUAGAACUGGAUAUUGGACCACCAAGUACAUACACGAUUCCAAGUUUAAUGAAGAAAAACAAACCAUAACAUUUCGCACAAGUAAACUAGGUAUUUUUGGCUUAGCGGCUUUGCGGUUUACAAAUCUCCCUUAUCAAAAUUGGGAAAUGAAGCCUGGAGCUGACGGAAAUGGUAUAUUUUUUUCACUAAACGCUUCAAUUGUUAGUAUUGAUUUCUCUAUAAAAUCAGAAGGUGUGGCUUUAUUAGAAGUUCGGAAUGCUCCUAGUGAUUAUCUUAAUCAAUAUUACGGACAAGUAUAUUCAUUGCAGAAAUUAAAAAAGAUUAUGAGAGAUGCUUGUGUUGACGUUUUUCCUGAACAUGAUUCGUAUGCCUAUGUAGAAGAUAACUGUUGUAAGCAUCGUCCAAUGGAACGUCAUCUCUAUCAUAAUAUGGCUUCACUUGGAUUGUCCCACAAUUUUAAAUGGAGCAGGUGGAACCAGGGUGCUGGAAGGCGUCGUGCCGUUCUUUUAGUUAGGGAAGUUCUAGGAAAAAAGCAUCUGCCUGGAUUUAGUACCCUGCUGAUAACCCCCUUGAACGCUACUGUGGUAGAUUGUGAUGAAGGUUCACAAGAAUUUAUUGCCACACCACAUUCUAAAUCAGAAGGGUUUUAUCCGGACUUACACCAACUUGCAAUUGGAGUGAUCGCCUCUCCUUCGUCGAGGAAAAAAAGUCAAGAAACGCCACCUCAACUUAUACAUCAUUUGGCAGAAUUUCUUAAAGACGUCAGCGUUAUGAGUUACUGUUAA